CAAGGAGAUUAUGGGAAUCGGAAAGGGCAAAAAAGUAUCAUCCUUGAAGCCGUUGCAGGAUUUGAUACAUGGGUUUGGCAUGCUUUCUUCGGAGUUGCCGAAUCUCAAAACGACUUGAACGUCUUAGGUCAAUCCCUGGUGUUCAAUGAUGUUUUGAGAGGUGAAGCCCCGAAUGUCACCUAUGAAAUCAACAAUACCGUAUACCAGAAUGGUUAUUAUCUAGCUGACGACAUCUACCCUGGGUGGACCACAUUUAUGAAAUCAAUUCCGCAUCCACGAUCCCAUAAGCAAAAAUUAUUUGCUGUCCAUCAAAAGGGGUACAUAAAAGAUGUGGAGAGGUGGUUUGGUAUCCUCCAAGCCCGGUGGGCUAUUAUUAGGGGUGCGGCACGUCUGUUUGAUGAGGAGGUGCUGAGGAGCAUAAUGAUGACAUGCACCAUCCUCCAUAACAUGAUUGUGGAGGAUGAGUAUGAUUACAAGUCUGCAGACGUGUACGAACUGGAUCCAAUGAACACGGCCUUGACAAGAAUUUAUGAAAAACCCAUGGGGCCAAAUGGAGAAUCAAUGCAGCAUGAACCGUUGCUUAGGGAUGGUCGUGUAAUGGGCCGUAUGAUUGAUCGAUAUACCGAGAUGCAAUCGUCUUAUAUUCAUGAACGGCGUCAAGUUGACUUGAUGAAGCAUUUAUGGGCGGUGAAAGGCAAUGACGGCGAAUGA